UUUUCAUUGAAGUUAACUUAGCUGCCAAAACACGACCUUUACUUCAUAAUACUCUCUUUCUGUCUCCUCACGCGCCGCCGCCGCCUCCGCCGCGAUCAAAGCUCCUCCUCUCUUUCAACAACCGCUAAUCCUCCGGCCAGAUUAAGGUGAACUGAGGCCCCGUUCCCAGUGCAGAAAAUCUCUGGUGAAGGGGCUGGUUUUUCGAGACUGGUAUAUAGUAGGGAAAAGGUUUUCAGUCCUUUUCCCAGACAAAAGUUUCUUUGUUAUGGAGAUGCUAUAAACUUGUUUUGUGGAAAGAAUCUAAACCAAUGAAGAAUCGUGUUUGGAUUUGAGUAACUGGAGGGAUGCUAACUUCUUCUGGGGAAGUAUAUCAUAAAUGUCAGUUUUACUUCAGCAUUUCAAAUGGAUGAUCAAUGGUUUUGAUAAAUCGUCAUCAAUGAGUCUUAGGAGGUUGAAUGGUCCUGAUGCCAAGCCCCUACAUCAGCCAAAGUUUGUUCAGCCCCAUAAGUUUCCAUUGGAUCCUAUCAAUGUCAAACAUAACAGCGACACAGUUCAAUUGCCUAUUUUAGGGGCUAUACAUAAGAUUUCCAUUUACAUCCACCGAUUUCACAACCUUGACUUGUUUCAGCAAGGAUGGUAUCAACUCAAGAUUACGAUUAGGUGGGAGAAUGAUGAUUCUGGCUCCUUCGGAACGCCAGCAAGAGUUGUUCAAUAUGAAGCACCUGAUUUGGGUUCUGAUGAUAUAUAUGGUGUCUGGAGAAUUGAUGACACUGACCAUAGCUUUUCAACGCAACCUUUUCGAAUCAGAUAUGCGAGACAGGAUAUACUGUUGGCAAUGAUGGUCUCUUUCAACUUAUCUCUCAGUAAACUUGAGGAUCCUUCAACCUCUGCUGUUAUUGUGAAGUUUGAGCUGUUGUAUGCUCCUGUUUUGGAGAACAGGUAUAAUGUCGAUGCUUGUUUGGAUACAUCCCCUGCUGCAGUCCAUGAAUUUCGCCUCCCCCCUAAAGCUCUUUUAGGGUUGCAUGCCUACUGUCCAGUUCAUUUUGAUGCAUUUCACGCUGUAUUAGUUGAUACAAGUGUGCAUGCCAGCCUUCUGAAAAGUGAGGUUCACAGUCCCUCGCUGAAGGUACCCAGCUUCUGUUUUCCCAGUGAUCCUACAGAUGACAAACAUGACCUUGCUGUGGAGCACAAUAAAUCAAAACAAGUUAUGCUUUUGAAAGCAUUAUCAAGUGCCCACGACAUACUUCUAGAAGAGCUACAAAAGCUCAGCAAGGCUAUUGACGUAUCAAUUGAAAUGGAAGAUAUUUCUUCUGGCAUAUUAUUCGGUUUCACUCAAAGAUCUGAUCAGGACUCGGCAGACGCUGAAGUUCCAGUCCAAAUUUCAAGCAAACCCCUAAAUGUUUCACAGAAACAAAAUGGUAAAGUUGAUUUUCAGCAUGAUGAUUUUCUCUAUUCGUUCUCUGAAGAAAAGCUGGCCAAGUCAUUCGAUUUGAUCUGCAAUCGAGUGAAUCACUUGUGGAGCACGUUUUUAAAUUUCCACAGGGCUAAUGCGAAGAAGAUUCUUGAAUCUCUUUGCAACCAGUGGGCUGUUGAUCGCAAAGCUGAAUGGUCAAUCUGGAUGGUUUACACUAAGGCUGAGAUGCCACAUCAGUAUAUAAGCAGUGUAGUGGAUGAUACCACCAUCCGUGGAUUACGUGGUCGAGGAUCCUCACUACGGAAGUUAACUGGCGAUCCUGCUCAGGCGGCUGCUAUGAGGGCGGAGCUCCAUAGGCGAAGUAUCGCACAAAUGAGGAUCAAUAAUCGUUCUAUUCAAGACUUGUAUAUGUUUGGAGAUCCAUCACGCAUCCCCAUCGUAAUUGUAGAGCGAGCUGUCAAUGCACCUCUUUCUUCAACCAAAGGAAUUUUUUCUUUCAAUCAGCUGGACCCGAAAUAUACAAAUGGCUUGGUUGCUGGAGCUGACUCUAUCCCCUCAAACAAGCUAUCUGGCACCACUCGUCAAACUGGCCGUGUUCUCAAGAUUGUAGUUUUUGUCCAUGGAUUCCAGGGCCAUCAUCUUGACUUACGUCUCGUCCGAAACCAAUGGCUUCUAAUAGACCCGAAGGCAGAAUUUCUUAUGUCGGAAGUUAACGAAGAUAAAACAUCUGGAGACUUUAGAGAAAUGGGCCAGAGGCUAGCAAAGGAAGUCGUAUCUUUCGUGAAAAAGAAAAUGGAUAAGGCGUCUAGAUCCGGGAACUUGAGAACAAUCAAGCUUAGCUUCGUUGGACAUUCCAUUGGAAACAUCAUUCUGAGAACUGCACUUACAGAGACGAUUAUGGAACCAUAUCUGAGAUUCCUGCACACGUAUCUCUCGGUAUCUGGCCCACAUCUUGGUUAUCUUUACAGUUCGAACUCGUUGUUUAAUGGCGGUUUGUGGCUCCUGAAGAAGCUCAAAGGCACACAGUGCAUUCAUCAGCUGACUUUCACAGAUGAUCCUGAUCUACAAAAUACUUUCUUAUACAAACUGUGCAAGGAGAAAACGUUGGAGCAUUUCAAAAACAUCAUUUUGUUAUCUUCACCUCAGGAUGGCUACGUUCCACAUCAUUCCGCGAGGAUCGAAAUGUGUCCUGCAUCGUCAGGAGACUACUCGAAAAAAGGCAAGCUUUUCCUCGAGAUGCUGAACGAAUACCUGGACCAGAUACGGGCACCUUCCUCCGAGCACCGUGUGUUGCUGCGCUGCGAUGUCAAUUUCGACAUCUCCCUGCAGGGAAGAAGCCUGAACACCUUGAUCGGCCGUGCUGCUCACAUCGAGUUCCUCGAGACGGACAUCUUCGCCAAAUUCAUAAUGUGGUCCUUCCCGGACCUGUUCCGUUGACUUGCAGCCGGCUCGCCAAUAAAUCUCUCCUCCUGAAUACAGCAUCUCAGGCGCCGCCUGAGCUGUAUUCAGCGCCAUCUGACCUCCGAUUUUUUGCACGCGAGGGGCCAAGUGUCACUGAAUCUUGGGGAUGGCGUGGUGCGGAUGAGGUUCGACGCGACGACGCGGCCCUCCACGGCAGUGUAAAUUAGUUUCUGGAAUGCAAAUUCAGUUAGAGACCUCUCAGAGAUGUAUCUUUUGUUAAUUUAGCAUGGUUAAUUUAAGCCUAAAAUUGUACCAUAAAUUUAGUUAAUAGUUAAUGUAAAUCUUGGUUGAUGAUGUGCAGUUAUAGAGGCUAAAACCAUUUCUUUGCAA